AGACGCCACCAUCGAAAAGUGUUUUGCCGGAACGAUUUCCAAGAUUUCUUGAUUAAUUUUCAUCUGCGAACAUCUCGAAAAAUGGCAGAAGAGGAACAGAUGCCCAUCAUUCCCGUGAAGGAACCGCUGGACCUCAUCCGCCUAAGUUUGGACGAGAAAAUCUACGUUAAAAUGCGCAACGAGCGUGAGCUACGUGGACGGCUUCAUGCCUUCGAUCAACAUCUUAAUAUGGUACUGGGCGAUGCAGAAGAAACGGUCACGACGGUCGAAAUCGACGAGGAAACCUACGAAGAAGUGUACAAAACGACAAAACGCACCAUUCCGAUGCUGUUCGUACGUGGCGAUGGCGUGAUACUCGUGUCCCCUCCGAUGCGAGUAGGUAGUUAAGCGACCGAGGGCAUGUAAAUGAUAGCAAAGAUUGCGAAUACACGAGUGUACGUGGUGUGAGAGAGAGGAAAAGAUAUCCAA